GAAUACGUGCGCUCGCUCGAAAUCAUCCCAGCCACAUUAGUACUAUUAUUAUUUCCAACCCGUAUGGAUUCUUCUCUUUCGCUGUUAUACUCCGUUGCCUCUCCUCCGCCGUUUUCCCGUCUUCUUUUAUGAGGAGUGAUUCCGUCUCUGCCUGGCCUCUUCCUAUUGGUGUCUGUGGGGGUGGGUGUUGUGUGUUGAAGUGGUAUUCGAGCGCGAAGGUCGUGCCACCAGAAUGACUCCGGUAUGUAGCCGCUCUUGUUGUUGCCGUCCUCGCCUGCCUACACAACUCACGCUGCUCUUCUCCCUACUGCUCCUCCUCGCCGCCGCUGAUCUGCACCGCGAACACGACGCAACAGCAGCCACAGGAGUACGUGCAUCGCGUGACACGCUCUAUGCGACCGCUACGGCGCGACGGCAUCUGCACGCCCCCCGCGUGUGUGUAUUCGCGCGCGCGGCAUCAUCACCGGUUGCGGGACCUCUCCCACCCGCAAUUCCCGCAGCGCCGUGGCAGCUGAUGAACGAGUCGCUGCUGCCCUACCCCAUCUUUCACGCCGCGACGGCCGUGCUAGACAACUCGAUUAUCCUCCUCGGCGGGUGCGUCAGCUCCACGUGUGAGAUUCCUGUCGGUGACACGGAAAGCCCCGCGUACGCCCGCGACCCGACAGUUUCAUUCACUCGCAAAAAUGCUGCUGCUCUUCCUGUCCCCUCUUCUUCCGCCGGGGGGCGAUCAUCUAACGCCUACAAGGCACCGCCGCCGCUAUUUUCGACUGGCACACACCGCUUAAACGCAGCGGACUCGCGGUAUCACGAGCGCUCCAUCGCGCUGGAGGUGGGAACGAAAACGGUAACGCCGCUGGCGCGCCUGACGCUUCCCGCCGGUCUCGGCUUCGCCGGUCGGCACGCCGCUGUCACGUUGACCGACAGCGUGUACGUGCCGCGCAGCUGCACCAUGACGACGCUCUCGCCAGGGGACAUCGCCGCGAUGUCGAGGGAGGAGGUGCAGUCACUGCAGACCGCCUACACCCCAGUGGUGGCGUUCUAUCCGGAGGAUAAGAAGGCCACAAACGGUGCGGUUGGCGACGCGCCUGGCGUGAAUCUGAGCUACUACGAAGUCCCCACCGAUCGCGUGCGGGUGAACGCGAGCUGCACGGCCCUCGCGACGGAGAACACGAUCCUCAUCAUUGGUGGUUUCCUGCUCUCGACGCAGCGCGUGACGGCCAGCGUUGACGCCUUCAACGUCGUGACCCGCAAGUACGAGCCCGCGGUGGUGUUUCUUUCUUCUCCGGUGCUCCAGCCGUCGGUUGCAGCCUCGACCGGCUUUGCAGCGGUGACAGGCGGGUGGACGUACGCGGCGAGUGCCUCCCCUUCUCAGGAACAGAAGAAUCCGUCCGCUUCCCUCGUCCCUUCACCGCUCACGCCGCGCGUGGAGUACCUGUUUGAUCUCUUGUUCUUCGAAGGCGAGCGCCUUCAGCGCGAAGCACACGACGCAACAGCGCCGCGACGUCUGUGCGGAGCCUCCGCCAUCUGUCUUUCGCCCGUCGACGCAAGUCUCCUCCCGCGGGACGUGGUACAGCACAUUCUUUUAGCAGAGCAGGGCUGUCACACGUCGGUGUUUGGCGGUCAGGUCGUGCUGGCGGACCACAACCUCGCUCACCUCGCGGUGCUGGACGUGCGAGCAACAUCCGCCUGGUCGCUCCACAUCUCCGCAAUUACACGAGAGCGGCCGUCACACCUUACUCGUGCCGCUCAUCUGAAAGGCGUCCUGGGCUCGCCAUUUCUCUCUGGGGGAGCCAAAGCGCUCGUCGACGUCGCCACAAAUACGAGCAGUGAGGAGCAGAGCAGCAACAGCAGUGGCAGCAGCUCGAUAUCGUCUUCAUCUCAGCCUCCGCCUCCUACGCCGACGCCCACACCCGCACCGCCACCCGAGCCGGUCUACCACUAUCGAUGGGAGCGACCCAUGUUGAUAUCCCUGCCGCUGUCUCGCAAAGCAUCGGCUGGGAGGGGUGCAAAGCAUUGGGUGAGUCAGCCACCAGGCGCUUCCUCCAUCGCUGUCACCGCCGCCGCCUCGAACGACACAACCACCACGACAACCACUACGACAACGACAACGUCAGCAGCACCGAGCUCCACGCCAGCACCAGACGCAGACGCAAGCAACGACACCAUUCUCGUCUUCAUGGCACUCGGUGGCGAGGACAUCUGGACGCAGGAGGUGCCGGAGCACACCAGCGAAGUCGCGGCAAAGGGUGUGAAGACGGCGGCAUCGGCGUUCUCCGUUGACCACGCCCCCUCCAGCAGCGCAAGCCCCCGUCCGCCGCAUGAGGUGGUCGUUCGACGAGUUGCUGCGCAGCGGUGGGCGGAGCGGUACGUGCCAGACAGCGACUACGACGCCGACCGCGACGACCUCCUCGCCGUUCGCAUGCCUACGCCCAUCUGGCCCGCGGGGCUCACCCUGCAGACGACAUCCGAGGGCACCAUCCACCUUGACUUCCCCAAUGUGAAUUACACACGAUACUGCUCGUGGAAGUCCAAUGGCGCUCGUCAACAAGCCAAAGAUGAAGGAGAAGAGGAGGAGGUGGUGUGUGUGGUGCGCUUAAGCAGUCGGCGCGACUGCGUGGGCAACACCGCCGGCACCCUCGACACGCUCUACAACGGCGCCCCAAACGCCUCGGUGCUCUUCAGCGCGAGUGGCAGCACGACGCCAGUCUACGUGUGCUUCGGCUACGUCGUGCAGCCGACCACCUGGCCGGCGUGCCGCACCCAACGCUCCUUCACAGUAUUAAACCCGAUGAUGCCGCUACGCAUUCUUGACAACACGCCGACACGGCCACCGACGACGCCAACCCCGACACGGGACCCCUCCGAUAAGACGACCAGCUCGCCGCUGUUCAUGCUGGCGGUGGGGAUCAGCAUUGUGACGUUGAUGGUCGCGGUGCUGCUCGUGGCGCGGCUGCAGCACGUGCCGGAAGAAGGACUUUUAGUAGAGGACCUAUUUGCGCGGCGCUAUUCGCAAAGCGCGAGCGGCGUCGGAGGCAGCGGCAGCGGCAGCGGGGGUGAUCGGUUUGCUGCUGUUGCCGCGGCGGCGACGCGUGGCAGCAGAGGUCGUCGCGGACACCACUACACCCGUGUCCCUGGUAGAGACGUGGAGUUGGACGGUGAUGGUGCUGCCGCUGCUGCCGGUGGUAGUGGUGAUGACGAGGGCGUGGAUGGGCCCACGCCAAACAGUGAAGACACUGACGGCCCGCUGACGCAGAUCGACAACUACCAGCAGCUUGUCGCGGCGGUCGCGGAGGCGAGCGAGGCACGCAUGCUGAAGUCCGCGGCGGACGUGCUGCGGCUGCACCAGCAUCGCUACCGCAUCUUAUCUCGCGUGGGUCAGGGCGACCACUCGCUUUGUUUCUUGGCGCUGCGUAAGCCUACCCCGGCCCCGUCCUCUUCGUCACGGGCGCUGAGUGGAGGGUAUCCGCCUGUUUCCCGGGCAGCAGACGUUGCGCGUCGCGGUGCGCCCCUGCUCCCCUUUUCUCCCUUCCCAGGGCCGGCAGCAGCAGCAGCAGCAGCCAACGGAGCAGGCGGCGGACAGGCCUCGGCCUUCUCAACUACCUCCUCGCUGUGGGCUGCGCGCUACGACCAGAAGGCUGCCGUCGUCGUGAAGUACACGCAGUGCCCAGACGACACCACUCGCGCCGUCAUUACUCGCUUGUGCGAGCGUCUGCGUGACUUGCAGGCCGGCGGUGGUGUCCUCAACCUCGCCGGUGUAUCGAGCAGCCGCAGCAGCAACACCAUUAGCAGCCGUCGUGGCAGCACGAACGGCGGUACGACGAUGGGUUGGUUGCGAGAUGAGGAGCAGCAGCAGCAACGGGCUCACGACAGACGCAUGCUGACUCCGUCGGAGGGCACCGCACCUCCCGCGUCGGCCAGCGCGCUGAUGAGCGAGGCCUCGCGUGACGCGUCGGUUCCGACCGCCUCUGGGUCGCCGACACUCGCCGGUGCAGACCUUCCAACACAGGCGCAUCCACAUCAAAGCGUCGACACCCGUACGCAGCAUGGCGUGGCCCCACCACCACCACCAACAGCAGCAGCAGCAGCAGCAGCAGCGAGGACGAUGGACGAAGCGGACGACGAAGGCGUCUGUGCCUGGUUGGACCCGCACGAAGUAGACGUCGUUCUCUCCCUCUUCCUACUCCUCCCGGCGGAUCUCUUUGUGUCCUACGAAGUGAGUGUGCUCCAGCAGCAGCAGCAGCAGCAGCAGCAGCAGCAGCACCCGCACCGUGGCGCAGGGCUCAUUGUGGGUGUGGGUGGGGCGCGCCAGUCACCGAGUCUGUACCGUGUUACAGCACAGUGGAACCGGCAAUGCGUGUAUGCGGGGCCGCCGAAAACGAUGAAGAACCGUAAAGGAAGCCAGGAUCCCAAUGAGACGACACGGCAGGCCGGAAAGGGCAUUUGCGAUCGCUUAUCGGGAACGAGGACGGUGAAGAAGGAGCAGAAGAGAACCAGCGCAGCGGCCGGCGAGGACGGCCUUUCCCCGGCUGCGCGUGCCUUCGUCGCGUCCGUGGCGAGUGGAGCGCCGCGGGUGUGCUGGGAUGCCUGCGUCAACGCGCUGCAACAGUCGACGGUCAGUGCGUGGAGUCUGUGCUUGGUGAUGCCGUACGAGCGCGCAGGGGAUCUAGCGGACUUCGUGCAACGCGCUCGUCACGUCCUGCCAGCCGACGCGUGGCCGUUGGCCAACUUCGGGGGCCGCCAUCACGUGGAGGAAGGGCGAGACAACGCAACAGCAAGCUGCAGCAGUAGUGGUAGCGGCAGCGGCAGCAUCGCCGGUCACCUGCUUGUCUUGCCGAGCGUACACCACUGCUGGACAGAGUCAUUGAUCUGCUCUCUUCUGUUCCAAGUGGGCGCUGGGCUGCAGCUGUUGCAUCAGCAGUCGCCGCCCAUCUUGCAAGGCGACGUGAAGGCCACCAACGUGCUGCUGCGGGAGCCGACGACCUUCUCUGUGGCGCGGCGUCGCGUGCACACCCCCGUCUUGAGCACGACGACGCCCACGACGCACAGCAGCGACACGCAGAGCGAAGACGCUGGUGUUGACCUCCGCCUCUCUCCGGGUGCUGACGGCCAUCACCGACGCCAGCGUCGUCCCCCACCACUAUCGUGCGUGGGCUCAGCUGAAGCGCUGGGCACAUCAGCGCCGUCACCACCCCCACCGUCGUCAAGCGCCGGUGCAGCAGCAGCAACGGGGACAGCUGCGUCUCCCUCCUUUUCAUCGUGGCGCACGAGUAGUUUUGUGGUAGCUGCGGCGGCCUCCGUAUGGCGCGCCGGAUCUCUCACCUCCCUUACCACACCCGCGGCGGAUGCGCCGCCCCCGCCUUGCCGGAGUGCUCCCUCCGCCGCCGCCGUUGCAACAACAGCCGGGCGACGUCUGUCCCGAUCCUCUUCUCGGGUGCCGCCGCCGCCACCGCCGGAGUGGUACCUGAGCUCCAAGUCGUACCUUCCGGUCAGUCUGACGGACGGAGGGAUGUCGUGGUGGCUGGCGGUGCAGCUGCCGCAGCGCCUGCGCGGCUGCUUCGGCUUCACGACGCGCUCCACCCUGCGGCAGACCCCAGCGGGUCGUUGCUGGCUGGCGCGUUACCGGCGCCUUCGCGGAGGAGGGGCGGACCUCUACGUGUCUUCUUCUUCGAAUACUGCUCUGAAUGCGGGAGCGCCAUCAGAAGUGGCGGUAAUGGGCUUGGCACACUUUCUAUGGUGCUUCAUUGAGGUGCCCACGCACAUCGCGCCGGAGUUGGUCUGGGGGCAGCUGUGUGACCUCUCCUCCGCCGCCACGAUAGCAGCCGCUGCAGCAGCAGUGCCGUCAUCGUCCAUGGGGCGUCGCGGUAGCGGUGUUAGACGGCGGGGCGAGAACACCGCUUCUAGUCAGCGACAGCCCGCACGGCGCACCGCUCGCCGAGCCGCACCGCAGCUUAGCGAUGAGAUACCACCCUGUAUUGUCGCGGUGGUGCGAACGGACGGCGAUGCCGGCGAGGAAGGCGGCAGGAGCAGCGCCCGGCGUGAAGCAUCCGUGUCGUCGCGCCCAAACGAUCACCGCCGCGCUGACACGAGCGCCACGCCGGUGGCGGCGGAAGUUGUGUCGCAGGACCUAAGUGAUGAUGUGAUGUUUCCUAGCCGGUUUGUUGACGAAACGGGAGCUGCGGACGGCGCAGAGGACGGAGAAAGCGAGACCAAUGACGAUGGAGAAGAAGCCGGUGACGAUGCCCGUGGAGAGGACACGGCGGCGGAUGACGAAGGCGAGGACGGCACAGCGGAAGAGGAAGAGGAGGAGGAGGAGGGGGUCUUCAGUCCAGAGGAGGUGUCUCUGCUAACCUCCACCAUGUGGAAGGCGGAGGGCUUGACGCGGGUGUCGCGGCAGCCGCCGCGUGAGCGUGCCAACGUCGGCGCGGUGGCUCGUGCGGGUGGUGGGGUGCCCUCGACGCUGUCCGACGCCGCGGGCGCCACGCCGAUCGGUGCCACUACCCCGUUUUCUGCCCUUCCAGCGCCAGCGUCGACCUCUUCGCUUCGUUUCCCGUUAUCGAGCCAAGCCUAUUCCCCAGUGUGGCCGCCUCCGCACGGGACCUACCGGUCCGCCCAGCACUCGCGCUCUUGCGCUGCCGUCGGCGGCGGCGGCGGCAACAACGGCGGCGGCAGUCAGAGCAGCUCCAGCGUGUAUGAGGUGUUGAUUCAACGUGUUCUGGCGAUGGACACGGCGAGCGAUGUGUGGAGCUUGGGGGUGCUGCUGUACGAGAUGUGCACCGAUGCACUGACCAAGGACACUGAAAGUCGCGGGGAAGGUGGACAAGGGAGGCCUCCUGCGUGCGCAGAGACACAUCACGGUCCACAUCCGCUGGCAGGAGAUGCAGCAGCAGCAGCGGCGGACACGGUCGUGCCGAUCGCCGGUACCUCGGUACUCGCCCAGCGUGUGUUCGCUGCGUUGUUGGGGGACCUCUUUAGCCUCGCGUACGGCUCUUCUCCCGCAUGUGAAGCUGAGCCAGCAGCAGCAGCAGCAUCAGCCGCAAGGGAAUCCCAUGCGAAGCGGGACGAAGAAAGCGUGUGCGACGUCGAUCGUGAGUGGUGGCCUAGAUCCUGUGCGCUGGAAGACGAGGUGGCAGACGCGUUUCUCAGCGCCGGAUACAGUCUCACACUGGCGCAGUUGAUGGGUCGUAUGCUCUCCCCUGUCGCGGCACGCCGCCCCUCCGCCGCAGAAAUUGUUGAUCAAGUUCGUUUGGUGGUUCCCGCCGCUGCCUCGUCAGCAACCACGAACGGCGGUAGCCCCGUGAUGGCGGGGUUCUCCGAGUUGAACCAACCGGUGCCGCGGGCGGGCACGGCUCGUGAGGAGGACGCACGCAGCGCACGUGGCGGUGACGGCAGCAGAGCGGCGGCUGUGGUGUUGAACGAGCGGACGGCGUGGAUGCAGCUGCGCAAGCGCCGCUGGUGUUAA